AAGAUGGCGCUGUAGUCGCUAAAUUUGUCAACAGACGACGCCAUUUUGAAGGCCGCGAAUUUCGGGAGGAGGGCAUUUUGCCCGAUAUUUCGUUUGUUUUGAGUGGACUUGAUUGUUUUAAAUGUGUGAAUGAUGAGCAAGUACAUUCAAGUAGCCGAGUAUGAGAACGAGGAGUCGAUGGAAGUCCCGCUUGAAGAGGACGGGACGCUCCUGCUGUCCACUCUGAACGCGCAGUUUCCUGGGUCUUGUGGACUGAAAUAUCGAAACCCAGAAUCUGGUGCAAUGCGCGGUAUUCGGCUCUCAGACGGACGCUUGUACCCACCGGAUAAUGAAUGGUCAAACAGGAUGUAUGUUGCAGUAUUUCCGAAAGAUGGCAACAAGAAAAAAGAAGAUUUAACGGAACUGUCAUCAGCUGCUGCUUUACGAAUAAAGAGGGAUAGAUCAGUUAAAUGUAGCGACCUCAUAGUUCUAGGACUUCCAUGGAAAAGUGUGGAAGAUGACCUCAAGAAAUACUUCUCUCAGUUUGGUGAACUGCUUAUGGUUCAGGUGAAGAAGGACCCUAAAACUUCCCAUUCAAAAGGGUUUGGAUUUAUCCGGUUUGCUGAUUACGAUGCCCAGGUGAAGUGUAUGGCACAGCGUCAUCAUAUUGAUGGUCGGUGGUGCGAUGUACGGAUUCCAAACUCCAAAGUGGUAAGUGAAUUCUACAUUCCAUUUUGCAAAACUGAAGGCAUACAUCAAGUUAGUAUAUUUUUAUAAUUUUGAGGAAAACUC